ACAGGUGAAUAUCGCUUCAAAUGUACUGAAGAAAGUUGUGGCAAAGCUUUUCUAACAUCGUACAGCUUAAAGAUACACAUUCGGGUGCAUACCAAAGUGAAACCCUACGAAUGCGAAAUAACGGGUUGUGAAAAGGCUUUCAACACGCGCUACAGGUUGCAAGCUCACUUGCGACUACAUAACGGUGAAACAUUCAAUUGUGAAAUUUGUCAAAAAUGCUUUACCACAUUGAGCGACUUGAAGAAGCAUAUGCGCACCCAUACCCAAGAACGACCCUAUAAAUGUCCCGAAGACACUUGUGGCAAGGCUUUUACCGCUUCACAUCACCUAAAAACACAUAUUCGCACACAUACCGGCGAACGACCAUACCCAUGUGAGGAGACCAGUUGUCAGAAGUCUUUCAGCACUUCGCACAGCUUAAAAUCGCACAAGAAAACACAUCAGAAACAACGCGGUAGACGUCAACCCGGUAACUCGGUGAACAAUAAGGAGCGUCGCUUGAAGAUGAAAAAGGAGCGUAAACAAGCGACUUUAAAGGAAAAUACUGAAGGAAAAAGAGCAAUUAAAGUGGAAAGUGAUAGCAGCGGCUACAAUGAGGAGCACACCUCGAACGGAGAAGAGGAAAGAGAGGACAGUUCGUCUCGCAUGAAUAAUCCAACAAGUGAUGGAAGUUUACCAUCGCUCAGCAGCGAUAGCUUCAUCAAGUCGGAGUCGGUUGAAUUAAGCGCCACAGAUCCAUUUUCUGUGGAAUUGCCAGUGGUGCGGAAUUCAACGCCAACUACUCCAGCUCCGAAAAUUGAAUCACUAUCUUUGCCGGAAACAUCGCAUGCGCUGCAGUUGGCAUUUGCUGCUGAGGAAGAAAUAUCCGCACCGUGGGUGGAUGCUGGUGUGCUGAUUUCGAAACCAAUCGUGCCAAUGGCACCGGUAACCAACGCAUGCGUAGCUCUACCCACUGUGGUGCCGAGCUUUGUCGAUUUACAGCAAAACUACGGCAACUAUGGGAAGGCAGAAGUUGCGAUUAUAAGCAAUACUGCAACGAUGAUAGAUAGUGGUAUGUCGAAUUUGUCAGAAUCUACCGAUCCUUGCGAUUAUUUGGGCAUCAGCGAUCAUUGCGGUACAUACAAAUCAGCAGCAACAGAUUUACCUAACGCACCAACAAAUCAAAUGCCAGCAAUGCCGGAUACACAAAUGGACAUAGAUGCUAAUAAUAGCAUUAUUGCAACAACGCAGACGGCAAAUGAAGUUGGAGUUGCGAUCGCUGCACCGCUCAUAUCAGUGGACCAGCCGAUGGAUAUGAUGCCGACUCAGGCGAGUAUUGAAGAACUUUUGAAAGAGGACACACAAUACAAUAAUGAUGAAGAAGACAUGGAAACGGAAUCACUUUUAAAUGAAAUAUUAAUGACCAUCGAUAACAAUACACGUCUGCUGCAGGAGACCUUACAACAGGCAAAGCAAGUGCCUGAAGAUGCAUCGGGCCUAAUAGAGGUCGAUCUAAGGAGCGACAAGCCUACUUUGAAGCAAAUAACCGCAGAUGCUGGCAUUUGUGGCUGUACGAAUUGCAAAUGCGACCAAACGCAGGAUUGUCAAGGUGGCUGCAGUAAUGACGCGCCAUGCGGCAAAAAAGGAAAUGGCACGCAUAAAUGCUGUCAGCACCAUAAGCAGCAGAUGCGAACGCAAAAGGUGGAGAUGGGCCCGCAUGUCAAACCGAAAAAUGUCUACCGCGGCAAGGACUCUUGUAACGAUAAGAAAGAACGCGCAGCGACGAAGCGCGAAACUGAUAUCAAUCAAAAUAUUGAAGAUGUGGCCUUGCUGUUGCAGAACUUAGCUGCCAUGGGUAGCGGCACUGGGAGCGGCGGCGGCGGCGGCUGCUGCGGUGGUGAUAAGAGCACAACAGGAGGAUGUGGUACAGCUAAUGCGACAAACCAAACGGCUUCAACAGGCAGCAAUAAUAGUAAUUGCUGCGCUAAUAAGACAAAUACGUCCGAUCCUGCUCAUACCAGCAAGAAAGCACCACCGCCAAAAUCCCUUAAGAGUGCUUCCUGCACAUGUAAAAGCCCGGCUGAGGGUGUUGCUAAUGGCUGUUGUGUCGUAAUUUGUACAAAAACUCUGCAGGCAUUGCGUCGUGUGUUGACGCGAAAAAAUUUGAAUUUAAUGGUGUGCCCGCAAAGCCAGAAUUAAAAAUCGGCAGGGACGAAGGACAAUCAAGCAUUAUUAAAUCUAUAAAUAUGCUAAAUAACCUACCCAACAACGCCAAAGAAAAUUUGCUUUUAAAUACAAGUUAUUUUAACCGACUUACUGUAACUUUUAUACUGUUUAACAGAGUAUUUAACUAUACAAGUAAAAAAAAAAAAUAACAUGAUUGAAAACUAAAAACAAUAGC